AUGGCCUUGGAAGCCAAAAAUGAAGCCAUAAAAUGCAAAGUUUUCUCCACAACUUUUUCUGGACCAGCCCUGCUAUGGUUUAGUCAGUUAAAACCUGGCUCUGUCAACAGCUUCGGUGAUCUUUACAAAGCCUUUCUCCAACAGUAUAAUGCUAACCGCGAAGCACCAAGAACAAUGGCAGAUCUCUACCGAAUUGAGCAAUGUGAAAAUGAACACCCAAAGUCAUACCUGCAACGUUUCAUCGACCUCGUACAUCAGAUCGAUGAUGUAGAGCCAGCAACCGCGGCUAAUCUCUUCGUCAAAAGCCUACAAGUGGGGUAUCUCUUGCACAAAAGCCUCACCAUGACACCACCUUAUGGCAUGGCCGAAAUCCAGAUCCGCGUCGAGGGCGUCUUUUGGGUCCUGGAAUUUCGAGAACGUGCGCAGAAAAAGUCCGCCCUUAUUUCAACGCCACCAGCAAAUAACCCUCCCCCUCCAUCUAUAAGGGACGACAAAAGAAAAAGACAGGAGACAAAUCACAUGAAAGGAGGAAAAAGACCAAAAUCAAAUCGAGAUCCACUGCGAUACCCCUCUUUUGAGUACACCGUCCCUCAGGAGGUCAUCUACAAAGAAAACAAGGACAGACCCAUCUGGCGUGACCCGUACAAAAUCACCACUCCCCCAGAAAUAAGAGAUAAAAAUAGGUUCUGCCUCUUCCACAAGGACCAUGGCCACACGAUCUCUGAGUGCCACAACCUGUACAAUCAGAUCCAAGACCUCAUGAGAAGUGGAUGA